AUGGAACGGGAGGCAUCGCUACGCCACGUUUGGAAACUGCGAUGCUGUGAACACGGAGCAGAACGCCAGGUAACAGUCAGAGAUGGAUUCGCCCUGGGCCGAGCCCCUCUGGCUCCUCCCUACGCCGUGGUCCUCAUUUCCUGCUCGGGCCUGCUGGCCUUCAUCUUCCUCCUCCUCACCUGUCUGUGCUGCAAACGGGGCGAUGUCGGAUUCAAGGAGUUUGAGAACCCUGAAGGGGAGGACUGCUCCGGGGAGUACACGCCCCCUGCGGAGGAGACCUCCUCCUCACAGUCGCUGCCUGAUGUAUACAUCCUGCCGCUGGCCGAGGUCUCGCUGCCAAUGCCUGCCCCGCAGCCUUCACACUCAGACAUGACCACCCCAAUGGGCCUUAGCCGCCAGCACCUCAGCUACCUGCAAGAGAUUGGGAGCGGCUGGUUUGGAAAGGUGAUCCUGGGAGAGAUCUUCUCUGACUACACCCCAGCCCAGGUGGUGGUGAAGGAGCUCCGGGCCAGCGCCGGGCCCCUGGAGCAGCGCAAGUUCAUCUCAGAAGCACAGCCCUACAGGAGUCUGCAGCACCCCAAUGUCCUCCAGUGCCUGGGCCUCUGCGUGGAGACGCUGCCUUUUCUGCUGAUUAUGGAGUUCUGUCAACUGGGGGACCUGAAGCGUUAUCUCCGCGCUCAGCGGCCUCCCGAGGGCCUGUCCCCCGAGCUGCCCCCUCGAGACCUGCGGACCCUGCAGAGGAUGGGCCUGGAGAUUGCACGCGGCCUGGCACACCUGCACUCCCACAACUACGUGCACAGGGGGCCAGGGCGGGCGGGGUGGGGGAAGGGGGGCCUGGCCCAUCUGACCGCGCCUGGCCGCCUGCAGGAGGACUACUACCUGACCCCCGAGCGCCUAUGGAUCCCGCUGCGCUGGGCAGCACCUGAGCUCUUGGGUGAGCUGCACGGGACCUUCAUGGUGGUGGACCAGAGCCGUGAGAGCAACAUCUGGUCACUGGGGGUGACCCUGUGGGAGCUGUUUGAAUUUGGGGCACAACCCUACCGCCACCUGUCCGAUGAGGAGGUCCUGGCGUUUGUGGUCCGGCAGCAGCACGUGAAGCUGGCCCGGCCAAGGCUCAAGCUGCCCUACGCAGACUACUGGUACGACAUCUUGCAGUCCUGCUGGCGGCCACCUGCCCAGCGCCCCUCGGCUGCGGAUCUUCAACUGCAACUCACCUACCUGCUCUCGGAGCGGCCCCCCCGGCCCCCGCCACCGCCUCCCCCACCCCGGGAUGGGCCCUUCCCGUGGCCCUGGCCCCCGACGCACAGCGCACCCCGCCCGGGGACCCUCUCCUCACCGUUCCCCCUGCUGGAUGGCUUCCCUGGGGCUGACCCCGACGACGUGCUCACGGUCACCGAGAGCAGCCGAGGCCUCAACCUGGAGUGCCUGUGGGAGAAGGCCCGGCGGGGGGCCGGCCGGGGUGGGGGCGCGCCUCCCUGGCAGCCGGCAUCGGCCCCUCCGGCCCCCCACGCCAACCCCUCCAACCCCUUCUACGAGGCGCUGUCCACGCCUAGUGUGCUGCCCGUCAUCAGUGCCCGCAGCCCCUCGGUGAGCAGCGAGUACUACAUCCGCCUGGAGGAGCACGGCUCCCCACCCGAGCCCCUCUUCCCCAAUGACUGGGACCCCCUGGACCCAGGAGUGCAGGCCCCUCAGGCCCCCCAGGCCCCCUCCGAGGUCCCCCAGCUGGUGUCCGAGACCUGGGCCUCCCCCCUCUUCCCUGCGCCCCGGCCCUUCCCGGCCCAGUCCUCAGCAUCAGGCAGCUUCUUGCUGAGCGGCUGGGACCCCGAGGGCCGGGGCGCUGGGGAGACCCUGGCGGGAGACCCUGCCGAGGUGCUGGGGGAGCGGGGGAAUGCCCCGUGGGCCGAAGAGGAGGAAGAGGAGGAGGGCAGCUCCCCAGGGGAGGACAGCAGCAGCCUGGGAGGUGGGCCCAGCCGCCGGGGCCCUCUCCCCUGCCCCCUGUGCAGCCGAGAGGGGCCCUGCUCCUGCCUGCCACUGGAGCGGGGGGACGCUGUGACCCCUUUUUCCCCCGAGGGAGUCUUCCCAGGUGGGGGGGCAGCCGAGGAGGAAGGGGUCCCUCGGCCACGGGCUCCCCCCGAGCCACCCGACCCAGGAGCGCCCCGGCCACCCCCAGACCCGGGUCCCCUCCCACUCCCGGAGACCCGAGAGAAGCCGACCUUCGUAGUUCAAGUGAGCACCGAGCAGCUGCUGCUGUCCCUGCGGGAGGAUGUGACAAGGAACAUCCUGGGGGAAAAGGGGGCGAACACCCUGGAGACAGGACCCAGGAAGGCGGGGAGAGGCCUCGGGAACAGAGAGAAAGCCCCGGGCCUGAACAGGGACCCGACAGUCCUGGGCAGCGGGAAGAAAGCCCCCAUGCUGAGCCUCCCCAUGAACGGAGUGAUGGUGGAGAACGGGGCGCAGAGAGUCCCGGGCAGCGAGGAGAAGGCAGCGGAGAAUGGGGGCCUGGGGUCCCCAGAGAGAGAAGAGAAGGUGCUGGAGAAUGGGGAGCUGACACCCCCAAGGAGGGAGGAGAAGGUGCUGGAGAAUGGGGAGCUGAGGUCCCCAGAGGCCGAGGAGAAGGUGCUGGCGAAUGGGGGACUGACGCCCACAAAGAGCGAGGAGAAGGUGUCAGAGAAUGGGGGCCCGAGAUUCCCCAGGAACAUGGAGAGGCCACCAGAGACUGGGCCUUGGAGAGCCCCAGGACACUGGGAGAAGAUGCCCGAGAGUGGGGGUCCAGCCCCCACGAUCGGGGAGCCAGCCCCAGAGACCUCGCUGGAGAGAGCCCCCACACCACCCGACACAGCGGCCUCACCCCGGAACGGCGGGGCGACAGCCCCUGGCCCCCUUGGCCCAGCCCCCAGGAGCGCGAUGCCGGAACCCGAGACCGGGACCGAGAGGAGAGCCCACGAGACUGGGGGGGUGCCGAGAGCCCCCGGGGCUGGGAGGCUGGACCUCGGGAGUGGGGGCCAAGCCCCAGUGGGCAUGGGGACGGCCCCCGGCGGCGGCCCCGCAAGCGGCGUGGACGCAAAGGCCGGAUGGGUAGACAACACGAGGCCGCAGCCGCCGCUGCCGCUGCCGCUGCCACUGCCACCACCCCCGGAGAUACAGCCGAGGAGGCCGGAGCCAGCGCUCCCGAAAGCCAGGGCGGAGGUGGCACCCGAGGGAGAGCCCGCGGUCCCAGACAGCAGGGCCGGCGGAGACACGGCACCCAGCGGAGACGGGGACCCCCCCAAGCCCGAGAGGAAGGGCCCCGAGAUGCCUCGACUGUUCUUGGACUUGGGACCUCCUCAGGGGAACAGCGAGCAGAUCAAAGGUGAGGAGCUGCGGGGAGCACGGUUGAGGCCAGGUCCGGCUCCUGAGGAGCGCAAGGCAGUUCAGGGUGCAGGGCUCCUGGUGGCUGGUGGCGAAUGCAGUUUUGAGAAGAGGGUCAGGGCGUGGCCUGGAUGGUGGAGGCGGAGCCGCGUGACGUUUGGGGUGGAGCUUGCAGACCCGGGCUCUUGUAGCCGCAGAGUUCGGGGCUCGCUCAGAACGAGGCGGAUCUUACCCUCCGGGGGCGGGCCGUGGAGAGGCUACAAGUGGAGUUUAAGAGAUUCGGCAGAGACGCCAACCAACGAGCUGAGCGUCCAGGGCCCCCCCGAGGGGGAUACGGACCCGUCAACGCCGCCAGCGCCCCCGACGCCUCCCCACCCCGCCACCCCCGGAGAUGGGUUUCCCAGCAACGACAGCGGCUUUGGAGGCAGUUUCGAGUGGGCGGAGGAUUUCCCCCUCCUCCCCCCGCCAGGGCCCCCCCUGUGCUUCUCCCGCUUCUCCGUCUCGCCUGCGCUGGAGACCCCGGGGCCCCCCGCCAGGGCCCCCGACGCCCGGUCCGCAGGCCCCGUGGAGAACUGACUCCCCGGAGAUCCGACCCCCCGGCACCCCCAGAAGAGGGGUUGAGGGUAGAAUCCUCUGUGGACGACGGAGCCACUGCCACCACCGCAGACGCCGCCUCCGGGGAGGGCCC